CAGUCUGGUCCACACAUCACAUACUUGCAUUGUCAUGAUCUUCUGUUCCCUUAUCACACGGCUAUCCCAUCUUCCUUUUCCUUCAUUAUAUAAACUCCCUUCCAACCCUUUCUUAGGGGUAUACCUCAACCGGCUCGAACUCUUUGUUUCCUUUUCUUUGUUUCAACCUCAUAAAGCUUGAUUUUUCUGUCAUUUCACUUCCUGAAAUGGAGAAAACACAGUUGCGUAGGCAGCUUGCUAACAUUAGGCAGUCCCUCUUUGAUCAGGGGUAUCUUGAUGAACAGUUUGUGCAGUUGGAGGAACUGCAGGAUGAUGCUAACCCAAACUUUGUCGAAGAAAUUGUUACAUUGUACUACAGAGACUCAUCCAGAUUGAUCCUCAGCAUAGAGCAAGCACUGCAGAAGAGCCCUUUGGACUUCAAUAAGUUGGAUGCCCUUAUGCACCAGUUUAAAGGAAGUAGCUCAAGUAUUGGAGCCAAAAAGGUGAAAGCUGAGUGCACACAGUUGAGGGAAUAUUGCAAGGCAGGAAGUGGAGAAGGAUGCUUGAGGACAUUCCAACAACUGAAGAAAGAAUAUACAACUCUGAGAAAGAAGCUUGAAGCCUAUUUUCAGCUCGCAAGACAAGCUGGGCCCAUUGAAUCUGCCUGUCGGCCCAAGUAAGUAAUCAUACGUGGAUGACAAAUGGACUACAAAGCUGAUGUGGCAAGAUGUGAUUGGAAAUUUAUGUGUUUCCUAAAUUAUGUAAGCUCCAAUUAUGGAUUGGAGCAGCCUGUGGGGCUAAUAGGUUGCUUUUGUUUUGUUUUGGUUCAUGAAUGCAAUUUUAAUUGAAGUUUUGGUUCCUUUA